ACUUCCUCAAAAUAAUUCCUAGGUCCAAUCUUUUAGACAAAAAUCCAAUCUUGAUUUUUAAAUUGUCAGUGAUGGAGUAUCCACCACGCUUAUGUGAGCUCAAAAACAUAAAGAAAAACUUUGUUGCAGUUAUUUCCACAAAGGGCCUUUAUGGGGUGCAGUUGUUAUGAGAAAUGAGUAUACCAGGUAUGAUGAAUUCUGUGCAGAUUUUAACUUUCAGCUUGAAACAUGAAACCAGGUAAGUUUUUUUGGCUUCAGAUUUCAACCAAAAAGUUUUUACAGCUCUAACCAACUUUUCAUAGUAGAAGGACCAUUCUAAAGAUUUAGAGGGAAGGUGUGUAUGUGGAGGGCUGCCACAAAGACAGGCAUUUUAUUAUCUCCAAAGCAAUUGCAUUAUCAAUUGAAACUGAGAUUAUUGUCAUUUCUGAAAUACCCACCCCUAGUUUUGGUAAUCAUCAUCAAAAGGCUGCUUGAGUCAAAUGAUAGCAGACUCACUCUGGAGAAAAAGCAGCAGACAGCAAGGCGGGGCACAUCCUGCUUGUGUGUGGCACAAUCCCCAGAGCACCUGAAUAUUGCUCAAUUCUUGACUUUUGCCAAGCGUACAAAAAAAUGAACACCACAGUGAAGGUUUACCAGGAGUACAGAGUCAUGUUGUAACAGCUCAGGACCUCCCCCAGCCCAAGCUGUGAUCUGGUGCAUUGCAUGUCAGAUUUGGGCUAUCCAAAUCUAGCUGAUGCUUUGAAAGUCUGAUUAAAUUGCCUCUCAUAACCACAUCUGAUGAACAGUUUUGGGGAGUGGUUAAAUAUGUUUUAAAAAUCUAAGGAAAACAAUGGGAGGUACUUGCCUAAGUAAUUUGUUUUUAUUUGUCCCUGAAAUAGAAGCACCCAAAAAGCUUGAGGCCAAAUUUUCGAACGCAUGCAUUCAGAUUUAAUUGCAUAUGCACAGACCCUGAUUUACACAUGCAUAUGGGUUUCACCAUAAAUUGCAGUUUCCAUCUGCAAAAGCUGGGUUCACAUAAAAAUUUGCAUGUGAUUCAACAGGCACACUUUUAAAGAUUGGCCCUUGAUGUCUGCAGAAUGGUAUGACAUUUCUCCCACAGAUCAGGCUAAGGAAGGACACUUUAUUUAUUUACUCAAUAAUGCUCAAAAUGUGUUAAGUGCUGGACAGACAUAUAGGAAGACACAGGUUCAGCCCUAACUAGCAUACAAUCUAAAAAGACAAAAAACAGACAAAGGAGAAAGGGAAGCACCUUGCAAGCAGCAGAUUUGUCAGGGUGAUGAUUGGUACAAGUCUUGUUAAUUCCAUGUUGUUCUUUUUAUGAUGUGAGGACAGAGGGAAUGGUGUAUGUAUGCAGGGGGGAGUUAAUAAGAACAAAGAACUAGGAAAAAAAGAAAAACAGGAUUAACAGUUUAACUGCUGCCAUCAUUUUUUAUUUAUUUAUUAUUAUUAUUCUCAGUUUAUUCAGUUCCCAGCCAGUGCUUGGUGGAGCGAGGGUUAAAAACAACUUGAAGUCAAAUUCUGGUGCCACAAAUGUCAAUGGGAUUUUUACCACUGAUUUCUAUUGAUACAGGAUUUGGCCAUCUGUGUCUGAGCAUGGGAUUGGCAACAGGUGCCUACCCUCAUUGCAGGGAUUGCAGUGAAGUUCAGUGAUGGGGGGAUGGCUCUGGGCACAGGUGGAGAUAAUUGCACCAUCAGGAAGAGAAAUCAGCAUAAGAAGAGAGGGUGGUGCACUUUUUUUUAGCAACCUAACUGAUAUAGGGAAUGAAUGCUACCUGAGCUAUAGGACUAAGUUUUUUCCUUUCUCUUCUUUUUAGAGCUUUGGCUUUGUGAAGCUAUUUGUCUUAGGCCAUAGGAAGAUUGGUUGUAGAAUGUAGCAGCUAAUUAGGGUGCAUAGCCACAGCUAGUUUGUGUCAGCCAUAUGCCUGUCCAAUAAUGCUGUGUUCCAAGUUUAUUCCUUAGAGUCAUAGAUUCCAAGGCCUGAAGGGACCAUAGUGAUCAGCUAGUCUGUACACACAGACCAUACAUACCACCACAACACUAAACAAAUGCACUAUGUUCACAUUCAGUUCUUAUACUUUUGUUUUAAAAAUAACUUGGUCAUUGUUACUGCUUUCACUCCAACUCAAUCACAAAAGGUAUAACUGAGGGAAGCAUAGAGAGCCAAUAAGUGCUAGAGGCCUCACAGAACAUUCUCCACCCCUUAGGGAAUAGGGCUUUGUGUUUUCUCCCAUUUUGUGUUCAUGGCAAAAAUUCUUGAGGGACAAAACCUAAAGGCACAGACGCUAUAAGGCUGUGCUGAUGAUAUUACUAGAGAGCGCUGGUUUGUCUUUUCAAUCUACCAGAUUGCAUAAAAUGGCAGAUAUUAUCCUACUUUGAGAUUUCCCUAGAGUCUAUUUCCUACUCUACAAAAUUCAUACACACAGAGUCUGAGGUCUGCUGCCUUACAACUUAGCUGUGCAAAGUAAAAUGCUAUUUUCUCUACCCAUGCACAGUGGAGAAACAGGGCCUUACAGGAGCACCUUGCUACCCUUAAAACAUUUUUCAGAAUGGAACUUCUUGUUCUCACAGCUCAUAUUCAUAAAGAGACACCUCAGUAUGUGCCAGUAUUAUUCAGUUGGUCAGGGAUGAAAAGCUCUUCAUGUGUGUGUGGUAGUAUCAAGAGCUGAUCCUAUGAGAAUAAAAUUAAUAGUGUGGGACUUAAAGGACUUUUAUAAUAGGGAGAAUGUUACUAAAGUUACAUAGUUAAAUAAACAAGUCUACAUUAUUUUCAUUCUUCUGGUUGCAGUUAUUGCAUCUGAGAAUGUAUUAAGUGCUGGUUCCUUGGGGAUUUCAUGCAAUGUAUAUGCCAAAAAGUCCGAAGCACCCCAAAACAAGUUCAGUCCAAAUUUUUAGUAUUCCUCAAAGUCCCUUGUUACUUUCCACCCUUCCAAGUAAAAAGAACAAAAUAACUAGUGUGACUUUCAAAAGGGGGCAAACAGGGCAGAAAUUGAUGAAAAUGAGUCAAGUACUACAUAAAUGUGUGAAAUGAACUUUUCUUUUAUUAUAGGGUGUUUAUAUUAUUGAUGUGAGAAACUGACUACCAAGUCUUUUGAUAAAUAAAAAAUAUUAUUUGCCAGAGAAAAGAUGAAUCCAUCUCAGCAGGACUCUAAAGGAAUGUACACAUUGCAUGCAUGGAGUAUUGUCAUGAAAAAUAGGAGACCAAACUACACACAGCAAAAAUCCUCUACUCUGUUUCAAGCCAGAUAUAUUUGUACUGGAUUGAGUAGUCAUUCAUUAUAUUGUUUUAAGGGAAAAUGAGAUGUUUAACCAUGUUCAUUUAUAUGAUACCUUUUUCAUUAGAUUUUUUCUUAAAAUGUGGAUGUAAGAUGCCGUAUGAAGGAAAGUGUUAUGGAGCAAGAUAAGUUUGACGGUAUAGAAUGGGGUGACAUAUGUUUUGCCACUACUAGUGAUGGCACAAAAGAAAAGUUUCUUCUGUUGUGGGAGACAGCUGGCUGCUUAUACCACAGUUGACUAAAGAGAAAUCAAUUACAUGAAUCCCCUCAGUGCUAGAGUGGGAUGUGUUACUGAGAAAAUCUGAGUCCAAGAAUCGAGAACUUGGUACUAGAAAACAAACUGAUAAAAUUAGGGACAGUCAAAAUCUUGCCUUAGUUUAACAAUAGAAGCACGGUGGGUGGAAUUAACACAACUUUAAUACCUUCUAAAAGCCUAUUAUAAACAAUGGACCUAUCCAGCUGUGCACAUAGCAAGCCUAAGUAGCACUGUGAUCUCAUUGCUGUCACCUUUAUACUCUUUCCUCCAUUCUAUCGCUAACACUCGCUUGUUGUGUCUUGUUCAGUUUAGUUGUAAAAUCUCAGGGGAAAUGAUCUUCCUGUUAGUUUACUGUAUAAACCAACUGUGUAUAUUGUAGUAGCACAAUCGGGGCCUUUGGGUGCUACUGCAAUAUAUAUAUAAUACUAAUAAGAUUACAAACUCAUUUAAAAAAUCCUUUAAAACCAUUAGAUGUUUUUUCUUUAUUAUUUGUAGAUAACACACACAAUGUCCUGAACUGAUUUGAUUUCCACAUGAAUAAGGUUAAUGCCUGCAUACUGAGUGAAAAAUGACAAAAGGCUCUUGAAAAUCAAUUAAAUAUUGAACUAAAAGGAAUUUGCCAAUAUUAUAUGGAAAGUAAGGUUGUGUAAAAAUAAUGAAUUCAAAGGUUAAAUUAAUCAGUUUCUCUUACAGAAGGCACUCUUGGGAAUGGAAUGCUGACAAGUAAUUGAGAGUUAUCCUAUUUGUUACUUUAUUAAUAUUAUAUCUUUUAGACAAUGGCUUUCCUUUUAAUGAGUCUCUCUUGGGGAAUGGAAAAGCAGAGAGUUAAAUAUAAAGUUUGACCAAUUCCCUUUGUGUUGCAUGAGUUUGACUAGGAUCAUGUCAUGGAAAAGCAGAACUGACAAUACAACACUGAUUGUUUGGUUUCUUGCCAUAUUAGAUCAAACUUUCAGAACCUCCCACAGAGGGCUUCUUUUGCUCUGUUUAUUCUAGUCCCCACAUGUAGCCCUUUUACUUUGCCCAUAGACCACUUGCCAGAGAAACAAAAUAAAAGUUACAUGUCCAAACAGGAUCUAUGGUAUCAACCUCUAAACUGCAGAAUAUCUACUUUUAAAGUUGCAAUCUGAAAGCAAUUUUUCAUAAGGGAUGCAUGAAUAAUUAUUCAUGCAGUUCUGUCCUUCAUGGCAUUAUCACUGAUAAGUGGUAAAAAGACAACAGAUGGGUACAGGCAGACAGAUGGCAAAGUACAAGGAAACAAUGAAACAAGCAUGAGGGGCAGCAUGGGAGAAAGUACAAAGGUGCUUGUUUGAAAAUGUAACAAGUGUGUGAUAGAGGCUGGUACCAUGGCCCCACCUAAGGUAGGAGUUGCCAUUUUGAUAGGGAAUGAGAGAGAGAGCGGGGAUAGGCCAUGAUAAAGGAUCGUGAAAGUGAAGACAAGUAUCUUAUAAGAAUGGCCAUACUGGAUCAGACCAAAGGUCCAUCUAGCUCAAUACCUGUCUUCUGACAGGAUACUUCUGUUUGAUGUAUUAGAGAAGGGGAAGCCAGUGGAGCGAUGUGAAGUCUUUCUUCAGACCGCAAAUUACUAAACCCAGGAGUUACCUUCUUAAGCUAUUUAUAAGCUUCCAUUUCCAAAUCCUCUCCAUAUUUGCUUUUUGUUUGCUUUUCAAACUUCUGAUGCCUUCCAUCUCCCUUUUAUAACAUGAGCCAUUUGUCCAUUAGACUCACCUGGUUAAGUACACAACUCCCAAGCUCCAAUGGAGUUGUUACUUCAGUGAAGUUAAUUGAUGGCAGUCUUAAGUAUAUCUCCCAGGCAUGGCUACAUAUACACACAAACUUUUACAAAUACUGUUCCCUGAUAAAGGUAAAACAAAGAGAAGGAGAGGGAAAACUUGGGGUCACACUGUUAUAGGUGCCAGAAGGAAAGAAGUCCAUUAUGUUAAUUAUGACAUAAUUGCGAAAAACAAGCAUGGUUGCAAAAUUCCAUUCCUUGCAAUUGGCAUUACACAAUAAAAAUGAAAUCAGCAUUGUUGAUACAAAGCAUGCUAAUUCAUAUCCUCAUGAAACCUAAAGAUGCACCUUAACUGAAUCCCUUUAAAGACAGGGAAUGCUUUAAACAUAUCUACAGUAUCCUCACUAACAUUACAAUUUGGAAAUGAAUGUGACUCUAAACCCUCCAUGUGUUCUGAAAGUAAUAUUUAACAAUAUAUGUUUUUGCUUCCUUAGCCUCUCAAUUUGCAAUGCUCUCAAUUUAUCUUUUCACUUUUGUUUUGUGCUUUUUGAAUAGGUAACAUAGUUACAUAAUAUACAACAAAUGAGGCAUGACGUAAAGAAACAUGAUUUACAAUAUCAGUGGAUAUGUUUUAACCAAAUUCUCCAUAAUGCAGAAUAUGGAAACUAAAAAAGCUAUGGGUUUCAGAUGUGUAUCCUUUUACAUAUUGUACAGUGUCAUUACAUCAUCAUUAAAUGACUCAGAUUAAUUAGCAACUCUUUUUAAUAUAUAAUUAUUGGCAGUGUUUUAUCUUCCCAUUUUGUCAGCUGUACAGCAAAGAAAUUGUUGUCUAGCAAGUUUGUCUGUCUCCUACCCAAUUUCAGGCGUAACCCUGUGGUGUUGCAGUUUUAAGUACUAUACUUAUACAUGGAAACUGCACCCAAACAAACCAGAUGACACAGGAAGGGUGCCUCGCAUUUUUAGGAUGGUUUUAAGCUUCAAGAGACAUUUUUUGUUUAUUGUGCUGUUUCAUCUUUUUGGAUACAAUAGCAGCAUUGGCGGCAACCACUUUUGAGUUAUUUCUUACAACUAUAAGCCACCUUUUCUAUACAUGAAUGGGAGCUUCCUAACCAGGUUUUAUGGGAGUGGCACCAGAACUCAGGAGUCCCUGGAAGUCCAGAAACAUGAUUAAAGAUAACAAAGAGAAUAUUCCACUCAUGGGCAAGAGAACAAAUACAUCAGGUCCCAUUGCAAACCACCAGGAGAAAAAGCCAUCUGAAAACACUCCCACAAGGAAAAGCUCACAGUUUUUCUUUGAAAUUGAAGGCUUUGAAAGUAAUUCAUCUCCAAGACAGACAUCUCCUCCUGUAUUUUCAAAACCCAUGGAUUCAAAUAUUCGCCCAUGUGCAUCUGGAAAUGGGGAAGAUAUGGAUUCCCCACAAUCUCUUCAGGAUGAUAUUACUGAGUAUGCCACAAACGUAGACAGUUAUUGUACAAACAUGUUGCAAGGAGAUCACCAGAACAAUGCCCGAAAAAAGCUGAAGAAGUAUAUGUUUAGGGCAGUAUCUGAGGGGAAUAUAGAAGAAUUACAAUGUCUGCUUAUGGAAGUGAAGGAAAGGUCAAAUGCAUGUAGAAACAUGACUGUGCAAGAUUAUCUGAUGAAAAAAUUAACAGAUUCAGAUACUGGUAAAACCUGUCUGAUGAAAGCCCUUUUGAACAUCAACCAGAACACAAAUGAAAUAGUGAAAAUACUGCUCUCCUUUGGAGAAGAAAAUAAUUUUUUGGAAAGGCUUAUCAACGCAAAGUACACAGAAGAAGCAUACAAAGGCCAGACAGCUCUAAAUAUUGCUAUUGAAAGAAGACAAUACGAUAUUGCUCAGACCCUCAUACAAAAAGGAGCAGAUGUCAAUGCCCAUUCACAGGGUGUGUUCUUUAACCCCAAACACAAGCAUGAGGGAUUUUAUUUCGGUGAAACUCCACUGGCAUUAGCUGCAUGUACUAAUCAACCAGAGAUAGUUCAACUGCUGAUGGACAAUAGGAGGACUGAUAUUACCUCACAAGAUGCCCGAGGAAACAAUAUACUGCAUGCAUUAGUCACUGUAGCAGAGGAUUUUAAAACACAAAAUGACUUUGUAAUCAGAAUGUAUGAUAUGAUUCUAUUGAAAAGUAAGAGCAGAACUUUAGAGACAAUGAAGAAUAAAGAUGGUUUAACUCCAUUGCAACUAGCUGCAAAAAGUGGAAAAUUAGAGAUUCUGAAAUACAUUCUCAGUAGAGAAAUAAAAGACAAGCCAAACAGAAGCCUUUCCCGAAAAUUCACAGAUUGGGCUUAUGGUCCUGUUCAGUCUUCCCUUUAUGACCUGACAGAACUAGAUACGACUGCAGACAACUCAUUACUGGAGAUUAUUGUUUAUAACACAAAUAUUGGUAACCGUCAUGAAAUGUUGACUUUGGAGCCCCUGCAUUCACUACUGCGAAUGAAAUGGAAAAAGUUUGCAAGGCACAUGUUCUUUAUGUCAUGUUGUUUUUAUUUCAUCUACAACAUAAUAUUAACAUUGGUUUCCUACUAUAGACCCCGAAGAGAUGAGGCUCCGCCCUACCCAUUAGCUUUGACACGUAACAUGGGAUGGUUGCAGUUGCUGGUACAAGUGCUUAUUAUGAUAGCGGCAAUAUUUUUAGCCAUAAAAGAGAGUGUAGCCAUCUUUCUACUAAGACCCUCAGAUCUUCAGUCAAUUCUGUCAGAUGCAUGGUUCCACUUUGCAUUUUUUAUACAAGCAGUGCUUGUGAUCUUCUCUGUCUUCUUGUACUUGUUUUCCUACAAAGAACACCUGGUGUGUCUUGUCUUGGCUAUGGCACUAGGAUGGGCAAAUAUGCUGUACUUUACCAGGGGUUUCCAAUCCAUGGGAAUUUAUAGUGUCAUGAUCCAAAAGGUGAUCUUACAGGAUGUGAUAAAAUUUUUAGUUGUAUACAUCGUGUUUUUGCUGGGAUUUGGCGUAGCUCUUGCUGCAUUGAUUGAGACGUGCCCCAAUGACAGUAAAUGUCAUUCACACAGCAGUUUGGGUGCCGUUCUGAUGGAGCUUUUUAAACUUACCAUAGGACUGGGAGAUCUGGAGAUCCAACAGAAUUCAAAAUAUCCUGUGCUGUUUCUUCUUCUUCUCAUAACUUACGUAUUGUUGACUUUUGUUCUCCUUCUGAACAUGCUGAUUGCAUUAAUGGGAGAAACAGUGGAAAAUAUUUCUAAAGAGAGUGAACACAUUUGGAGACUCCAGAGAGCCAGGACCAUUUUGGAAUUUGAAAAAAUGUUACCAAAAUAUCUGAAGAAAAAAUUCCAGUUGGGAGAAUUGUGUAAAGUGGCUGAAAAUGACACUAGAGUAUGUUUAAGGAUUAAUGAAGUGAAAUGGACUGAAUGGAAAACACAUGUUUCAUUUAUUAAUGAAGAUCCAGGGCCAACAGGUUACAACAGAAUUCAAGAUACGUCAAGAAGUAAUAGCAAAAACACCCUGGAUACAUUUGAUGAAAUGGACUAUUUGCUAGAAACCACUGUUUAGUUACAUGGUACUUGAUAUUUGUUUGUUUAAGAAGGUUAAGAAAAUGAACAGUGGAUACUGAAAUCCUACAUUUAUAUACUGGACAGUUGCAAACAGUCAGGGAACAAACUUUCUUUGAUGAUCCAAUGACUUCAACCCACAUAUCAAGAGAGAAAAGCCAAAGGAAAAGGGACUAUUGCAUUUAUCUCUGUUUGAGAAUCGUAGAACUGGAAGGUUUCAGCCGUGUUAGCCUGUAUCUGCAAAAAGAACAGGAGUACUUGUGGGACCUUAGAGACUAAUAAAUUUAUUUCAGCAUACGCUUUCGUGGGCUACAGCCCACUUCAU